AUGGCAGACCAGCUUCGGAUGAGUCUUAACACGACUCUGACGCUAUCAGAACAACUACAGGCCGCCCUUUCGACUCCUGCGAACGCUACCUCACCCCCUGAUCUUUCGGUGAAAGAUGCGCUUCCUCUUCUCUCAGCGUCAGCAACUGCUUUGAAGUCUCAGGUUACGAAACUGUCUCUCUUGACAAUUACUGCUCCUUUUACUCAUUCCGCGGUUGGAACCGUUAUCUCGGCAUUAAAUGGAUCCGUACUCCCGUCUCUCGUCACAGCCGCCCUGUUAGUUACUCCGACUGAGUACACGAAAGCUUUCCAUACAGAGGUGCACGCUUUAACGAAGACGGCAUUGAAGGAACUGGAUUCGCUAGUAAGGGAGGUCCAGGCUGUCUCGGAAAAGGCAAACAAGGCAAAGGGAGACGCGAAGAAAGGCGGUGAACUUUCGCAGGCGGAGAAGGAUGGCGUCACACUCACAACUGGACGCGUCUGGGAUGUCUGCGAUGCUCUGAUUGAUGUUGCAGCCAAAGGGGUUGUUGGGUUUGUGAUUCGGCGCGUUGAGGAGUGGAGGGAUUUGGUGCGCGACGCGGUGGAGGAGAUCGAAGAAUGGGAUCCGGAUGAGGAUGGAGACGAGUUCUUCGACGAACUCCUGAGCGACGACAGUGACAAGGAGGCGGACGACGAAGAUGGCGAGGGGGAUAAAGAGGACAACGCUGCAAUUCACGCACAGAAGAAGUCCACCCUUCGAAUCCUGAAGCCUAUCGCUCAGAUUUAUCCUGCUAUUAUUACGAACCGGCUGAAGAAUGCUGGGGACACGCCAUCGUCAUCCACAUCCGGCAUCAGCAAGCUGGAAAAUCUGAUGGCGAAUUUGCAGCGCAUACCAGAGCAUGUUGAUGAGAUCGCAGGAGCGCUUUACGAAGAGGAUAUGGACAAAUGUACGAAGUACCUUGGCAUGGUCAAAAACUACGCCAUCAAGGCCGUUGACUCAGUUGGGCCACUCUGGAAUGCGAAAAGCACCACCGAUGGUCAACAAACUACGGAGGAUAAGUUCACAAUAUGGUCGAAAACAUGGAGAAACGUUCUGGAUGAAGUUAGCAAGUCUGCGGAAACGGAGACCUCGAAAUAG